CAUGUCUCCCACUUACGGAGCUUACAUUCCUCCCUUCCGACGCUACUUUCCGCAUGGAGCUAGCGAAGCAGCUAACGCACAAGCAACAUUUUCCACUGGUCAAUUCCAAUAUUCUUCAACAUCGUACCAGCACAGAGGUAACGGUAACAUGAAUUCCCGAGGAUUUCGUGGGGGUCGUGGAGAUCGUGGAUUCCGUGGUGGUUGGGGUCGUGGUCGAGGUGGCGGUGGCUAUGGUUCUAGCUAUGGUAAUAAUCGUGGGAACCAAUUCUUCCAGGGUCGUCGCAACGACUACCAGCACCAGGAUCAACAGCUAGAUCGUGCGGAUCUCUACAAGUUGCCUGAGAUUCAGAAUUACUUCUGGGGUCCCGACACAGCCUCGAGCGUUCACGACACCCAAAAAUCUACCUUUCACGACUCCAAGGAACAUUCCGAUCAACUCUCCUACCUGCUGCUUUUCUCUGGCGCUAACCCCCGCUGGUCCGGCGAUCAGAUCGUUUUCGCCAAAUCAAAGCUGCAUUUGUUACCCGACUACAUUGCCAAGAAAGAGGAGCAUGGCAACUGGGAACUUCCCGAGGCGUCGGAUGCUGGUGCAUCUAGCCAACCCGAGCCUACCGAUGGCACUGCUAAUAACACUAGCGACGCCAACGUAAGCCAUGGCGAUCACUCGGACAUUCCUAACUCCGGAAGCGAUGGCGCUCCGGGUGACGAGGCUGGCCCAGCCACAUCUGCUUCUGAAGUUUCAUCCACCCCUCCAGGAGACAAGACCGAGAUUACCAGAUCUCCUAGCCCUGCUAAGGACGAAAAGGAUGACGAAGCACAAGUCCCCGCCCCAGAGGUCUCAUCUCCCCCCAGCCGCAUGCAGUUCACCGACAUUCGCUACCUACCCCCUGAGGAACAGGCUCGCAUCGAGGAAGAAUCAAAGCAGCGCCGUCUUCAAAUGCAGCAGCCGCAGCAGCCGCAACACCAAGAGACUAGCUUCCCCGCUAUCACACCUAUCGAUUAUAUCCCGACUGCCCACAGACCUAUCGCUGCCUUUGAAGAGCAACGAACCUACAGCUACAACAAGCCCUUUGCAUUCGCUGGAUGGUACCGUAUCGUGCGUGUCAAUAUCCUAGCACCCCACUCAGCUGAGCUCCUGCGCAUGCAGCAACAGAAGUGGGAGCGCCGUGACCGCUACGGUAACCUAAUCCCCACUAGGCCUCGUGAUGCCUCUGCUUGGAACUCAGCGUUUAGCACUGAAUGGGCUGUCGUCAAGUUUGAGAAGAUUGGAGAGGAGGAGGCACCUCCCCCUCCGGAGAUCGAGAAGUUGCCUGAACCGGAGGCGAAGACUGAGGGACGUGAUAUGGCUGCUAAUUGGCGCGAGGGUCGUGGUGAGAUUAAGGCAGACUCGGGUGGAGAGGCAGCCGGCGAGGCAACUGGAGUUGCAGAUGCAAAGCCCAACGGCGAUGCAUCAACAGCCGCGGAGAAAGACGCAUCGCAGCAGGGUACCAUUAAUGACGCACUCUCAAAGAUGCGUGUUGAGGAUGAGGAGGUUGCGCUAGGGACAGGAACUGGUGGAGGUGAGAAGGCCCCUGCUAUGGACGCUGUCCCGGUUGAUGGUUCUGAGAAGGAAUCCUAAAUCGGUUGAGGGCGAAAAAAGAUAAGGCAUAAGGGUCGGAGGAGGUUCCGUCCCCACAGUGGAGAGAAGUCGUCAACUUGCAUGCGGAGACCGGCGUACAUCUGAAUAUUCACUUUCUCGGACAUCCCGACAGGGCGGCAAUGGUCUGGACUUUAUCUGCGUUUCUUUCCUAUCGCGUUGCAUUUAUCGGGCGGCGUUUGCUAGGCGGUGGCGAUUACCAAAAAAGGUCAAUUCAUGAUAUGAUGAGACACGAGGCAUGAAGAAAAAUGGGCGUUAAGGCACUAAUUCGAUGGUUUAUGACAGGCUAGACAGUUCGCUGCUAUUAUUUCACAAAAGCAUUGUUUUACAAUCCCAG